UGGUGCUAAUUAACAAUAGCUCUUGUGUUACAACUUAGUAUAAAAUCUCAAACAGAAUUGUCUCUCUUGAAGGGUCAUAGAGAAUGGCAGUUACACAUGCAGACCUUGAACCAAAAAGAAGUAAAACAGAUUUGAGUAGCAAAACAGGAGCUUUUCUUAUGGUUUUCACAAUUCUAUUAGGCUUACUUUGCUUCAUCCUGUGUCUCAUAGCCGAAGCCACACGUUCCGAGGUGACAUGGAUGAAUACAAAUGGAAAAGAAAAGGGAACUAAAUCUGAAUGUGUAUACAAUAGUAAUGGGAAAGUGCCUUUGUUAUGUGCUGCUUCUGCUUUUGUUGGACUAGCAAUUGCUUUGGUUAUGGAGCAUACUUACAUGUUGAUAGCAGUGAGUAAAUCAUCACCUUCUUUAAUUAAUUGGGAUCCUGAUUCUCCUUCUGCUAAAUCCUUAACAUGGUUGGCUGGUUUUUUCUUCAUUGCAACUUGGAUUUGUUUCGCAGUUGCGGAGAUUUUGUUAUUGGCAGGACUUAGUGUAGAAUCAGGCCAUUUAAAAAAUUGGACUAAGCCAAGAACAAAUUGCUACACCAUCAGAGAAGGUUUGUUCUCAGCUGCAGGAGUGUUUGCUUUAACAACAGUUUUCCUAGCUGCUGGUUUAUACCUAACAGCACUUCGUGCACAAAGAAUGUCUGAGGAGCUUGCAAUUGUUAGAAGAGAGGUUCUUGAAGCUUCUACCUUUUAUGCUUCUCCACCAAGAUCACCUCAAAGUCAAAGACAUAUUUCAACUGUUGCAAGAGAGAACCCUACAACAAUUGAGAGUCAAAAUGAUAAUUUAUUAUUAUCUGUGUUUCCAACUCCUUUUAAUAAAACUUAUACCUUUGUAUAAAUUUGUAUAGUUUGAUCCUUUGGUUUGGUCAAAUGGGCCAAAUUUUUAAGGUACGUGGAAAGUGGAGUGUGACAACAUUACAUAUAGAACUUUAGAGAUAGGGAUUCAAACUUCUGACCUUGCAUAUAUCAUGCAUUGUCCCUACCAACUGAGCUAAGCUCACGAGAAUGAUUCAUUUGAUUGCUUGUGUAUAUAAAUAGUGAUUAUUAUUGUAAAGAAAAAACUUGUGAUUUUAAA